AUGUCUAAUUUUUAAUUACUUAAAGAGGUGAUAAACUUUGAAAGUGAUUACUCUCCUGAACUGAGUAGAUAUGACCCGAAAGAAAUUAUUGGGAAGGGAGCUUUUGCAACGGUUAUCUCAGCUAUUGAUAAAGUUACAAGAAUAAAUGUGGCCAUUAAGAUAGUUGAAAAAUCUUUGUUUAAAUGCAAGAAUUAAGAGGAGGUUGUACGUCAGGAGGCGAUCAUGCUGCAAUCCUUGUCUCAUUAAAAUAUAAUUAAGAUACUUGAUUUUUACGAAACCUAGCAAAAGUUUUACAUAGUUAUGAACCGGAUAGACGGUGUUACUUUAGAAGAUUACAUUCCAAAAUUGCAGCGAUGUGAAGUGAUUAUGAUAACAAAGGAGAUUUUGAAAGCUUUGAGCUAUUUACACAAGAACAACAUAGUUCAUAGAGACAUUAAGCCGUAAAAUAUUUUGAUAGGGGUCUCAGAAGGAGAAUUGGUUGUCACCUUGAUAGAUUUUGGCUUAUCAGCCUCAGUCAAUAGAGUUGAGGAUAGUUUGAUGAAUAAGAAUUGUGGAACCUUAUUGUAUUAAGCCCCUGAAGUUAUUAAAAAAGCAAAUUAUACUAGAUCAGUCGACAUUUGGGCACUGGGAAUUGUAGUUUACAAUAUGUUAUACAAUGGACAACAUCCAUUUUAUUAAAUUGGAGAUAGUAAAGCAAUUUUUUUUGAAAAAAUUAAAAAUUUUUCACUGAACAGUUAAUCUAAUGAGGACAUAUACACUAAAAACUUUUUGGAGAGAACUAUUGCAUAUCUACCAGAACAUCGUUUAACAGCUGAUCAAUGUCUGGAACAUCCUUGGAUUACAGGCAAGGGAGAUAUCUCUAUCCCAUUAACAUUAAAUGAAAUAAUAAAAUGUCAAGUCAAUAAAGAAUAGAAAAUAGCUAAGUACAUUAAAAUGCUCGUGUUUUUGAAAUAUUUGGUUGUGAUGUCGAAUGAUAUGCAUGGGAAAACUGAUGAAAUUAAUGAGGCUGGAUCACCUAAUGAUGUUAUAUCAAUAAUAGGAUCUGAAGGGUCGGGGUCCUCAAAUAGAUUUAGGAUUCGUCAAUUAAUAAUUAAAUCUUAGACCAGAUUAAAUAAAUUGUGGAAUAAUGAUAGGGCUAGUAAUUCGUUCGCUGGAGAUACUAGUAGAAAUGCGACAGACAUGAUUCCAGAGAUAAUUCAGUAGGUAGACUCUCCGAAUUUCGCAAAGAAACAAUUAAGAAAAAGUAAUUCAAUGAAUCCGCAAGAUGUGAUGAAGAAAUUGAGAAUGAUCAAUGUUUCAAAGGAUCUUGGCAAGGAAAUUCAAAUGAAAAAUAGAAGAUUAAUUUCAAAUUCGCCUGUCAAUAAUUAAAAGUUGGUAACUGAGCCUUAGAGUCAAAGAUAAAACGGGGAUAGUUUAAGUAAGUUCGCAGACUCUCCCUUGGGUUAUAGACUGCAACAUUUUCACAGGUCCAAUUUCUCUAAAAAACCAUCAUAAUUGUGA